AUGAUGAAAUUUCUACUUCUUGCAGCUGUAAGUGAUGCUUUCCCUUCUUCUCAGUUACCUACACCGUAUGCAGACGAGCCAGGAUCGGUUGAGCUAAAAGAAGAAGAAGAAGAAGAAGAAGAAGAAGAAGAGGUCGAAGAAGAAAAAAAGGACGAAGACUUACCGGCUGCUCCACCAGGAGGAGAACCGGAGAAAGAGGAAGAUGGAAAGGAGGUGGGAAUGCUUGGAAAUUGUUCUACACUUCCUGAGUGUACAUGGUCAACUCAACCAAGUAUUCACUUUGAGAGGGGAUUUUUAGAAGAAUGA